AUGUCUCGGCGCGCCACACCUACAGAUGAGUUGUUUCCUGCCUAUCCUCCAGUUGUCGCACUCACCAAGGCUGCACAACCCACUUUCUUCCAACGCGAAAUGACUGAAUCAACUGCCAAAAAAUGUCAUUCAUCUACGAAAGAUCUCCCUGUUCCGAAAACCAAAGUGCAACCAAAACUUCGCGACAUUCCGACUUCCGACCUCUACUUUUCAGAUCAUCCUCUCAGCAACUACAUCGUACAACAAGUUCGCGACAAAACAUUUGAUGGGACGAACCAUCGUGACCUUCCCCCAAAUGAGGUCGAUGUCCUAGCUUUGAAUGAGAUAGCUGUAUCUGAAGGAGAGGGAUUCUUCUUUUUUCUGCCAAAUCGCAGCAGCUGGAGCCGUCAAACUUAUGAACCGAGAAGCCGUGGGCCGACUGCAGAGAAUAUGAGGUAUCACGAGUCUUUCUCAGUCAUUGUGAUUAGUCUGACCAGUAUCUAG